GGCGAGUCAGGCGCCUCCUGGCGUCGCGGAGGAAGCGGGCUCGGGGCGGGGUGACGUGAGCGCCGGGCGGGAGGCCGCUCCUGGGCCCGCGGGGCUGUGCGCGGCCUGGCUCAGCGGCGGCAGCAGCGGAGCGGCCGGCAGAGGGUUCCAUGGUGUAAUGGUGAGCACUCUGGACUCUGAAUCCAGCGAUCCGAGUUCAAAUCUCGGUGGGACCUUUCCCUUUAGGCAGCGCCCAGCCAUCUUUUACUCAGUUUCCUCCCGAAAGCGAACUCGCGCCUCAGAUGCGCGCUGCCUGGAUGCGCUUUCCCGCCCCCGCAUCCUCCUCAGUCCUGCUCUCGACCCGACCGUCUGGGUCCCGAGAAGGAGGCUCCCCGGACCCGCGACCCUCCUGCCGCCGCCCGUGCCUCGCAGCCGCGUCCCCCGCGCUCUGCCGCCUCCUCCUGAGGAAAACCGGCUGCUCCGAGUGGCGCGGUCCACGCGGACGUGGCGGGCAGGUGGGGGGGGACGAGCCCGCGGCGUCCCCGCUGGACCCUGGCGACUCUGCCCGUCGCGGGCCAUCGGAGGCCCCGGCCCCGCCGCCCAGGGGCGCAGCGACCAAGCCAGUGCCACCUGCUCGUCGGGUCACCCUGGGUCUCGGGGGCGAAAGGCAGAGGCUGCGCCCACUGAGUCCUGCCCCGCGAGGGGGCUUCGCCCCGCAAGUCUUGUAACUAACUGCGCGGUUGUCCCUCACUGCUCUAGAUUCUACCACCAAAAAGGAAAUAUGGAGGACAAGAGAAUUUAUUAAAAAGUACACCCAGGUAUUCAAUUUAGACUACAGGAAUGCUACAGAACAAACAGCUCAGUUUCUUCAACAAAUGAAUGAUAUGAAAAAAAAAAAAAAAAAGGACA